UUUUUAAAGGGUUUUAUGAAUUCAGAUCAGAUUUUUUAGGUUUUGUAGUUGCUCUUGGAUUUCGUCUGUAGUGGAACCGAGAUUUUCAUUGGAUUUCGUUCGUCGUUCGACUAAAUUGUUGAUUCGGAAACCUUAUCUAGUUAUCUGUUCCUUUGAUUCAUUCUUUUCUCGACACCGUUUAGAUCUGGAUCUAUUUUUCUUCCCAAGUGUCAGCUCGGGAGAAUCAGGGCAUCUGGUGAAAUUUGGAGAUGAACCCUAAUCCUUCCGUCCGGCACCAGGUCGCCGGCGGCGGCGGUGGGGAGUUGAUUGCUGCUGCGGACGCUGGCGCCUUGCUGCAGUUCCCUGAGGCAGAUCACAGCAGCGGCAGCGGCAGCCAUGAGAUGGAGGACGGUCGGUUCGCGGCCGGGGAGAACGAGGAGAUAGAGAUGGAGGGGCCUUCUGAACCGAGCAAUCUUGGGGAUCCUAACAGGACGGUCGCACCACGCGCAGGCGUAGGCAAUCAGCUCACACUAUCGUUCCAAGGCGACGUCUACCUGUUUGACAACGUCUCGCCGGAAAAGGUUCAAGCAGUGCUGCUGUUGCUCGGGGGGCAGGAAAUGAACGUUGGGUUGAAUUCAUUUACAUCACCUUCAAUGCAGAACAAGGGAAUGGACGUUCCUCAGAGGAUUGCUUCGUUGACAAGGUUCCGGGAGAAGAGAAAAGUGAGAAAUUUUGAUAAGAAAAUACGCUAUGAUGUUCGCAAAGAGGUUGCCCUCAGGAUGCAACGGAACAAGGGUCAGUUUACAUCAUCUAAGACAAAGCAUGAAGAUCCCAAUUCUGGUGUUGCCACUUCUGAUGCUACUGAAAAUGGUAGUUCACAGGAAAACCAGGAACCGAUAGCGUCUGAAUGCCACCACUGUGGAAUCAGUACCAGGUCAACACCAAUGAUGCGUCGUGGACCUAAUGGGCCUCGAACAUUGUGCAAUGCAUGCGGACUUGUGUGGGCUAAUAAGGGAACAAUGAGGGAUCUUUCGAAAAAUCAACCUCCUACUUUGCCGAAUGCUUUAUCAGAAGCAAAAGAAGGGGGCAACUCGGCGGAAGUUGGGGUUGUCUAGAUCCUCCUCACCGAUGAGUCGUACCUUAUUACCUAGAGAUUCUAUAUCCUUGUGGCCAUAGGCAUUCCAUGGAAGCAAUUAGUUCUCGAUCAUUGAAUCCAUCGCAGUUUUUUUUUUUUGUCUGUACAAUAUUGUUUUACAUGCUUGUUAUGUAUAAUCAAUUAGCCAAGUCACUUGUAGGAUGUCGGGAGUAGGCAACCAACAUAAAGGCUAAAAUCUUCUCGAUAUUAGCCAGUUGGGUAGAACAAAAAUACACGAAAGGGAUUCUUCAUGUUAUCCUGCUCUGUUUGAAGUAUUUAUCCAUCUAGUUGUUUGUUUCUUUUA